AUGCUGACACGUGUAAACGAAACUUUAGUGGUCAGAGAGAAGAGUGAUGGAUCAGGGUCCGCUUCCGAGUUGAAUCCGUCUGGCAGCCCCUUAAGCCCCAGUCCGAGUUCGGAGUCAGAAUCAUCAAUAUUUGAAACAAGAGUGAAAAGAUCACCAGAACCAAAGAACGACCUUACCACUUUACCACAAGAGGAGGCACAGAUCAUGUCAGACGUAGAGAAGAAGGUCUCCGAGUCAGCAGAGCCUUGGGAAGAAGUCAAGAAAACCAUUUCGACUCGGGAACUCAAAAAGGAAGAGGCACUCAAACUUCAUCAGCUCACAGAAGCCUUACCCCAAAUCUAUACGAAAGUCGAUAACCCUGAGUACGAUGAGAUAUACGGCCAUAGAGUCAAUGUUGCUGGAUUAGAACAUGUGGACAUUGAAGUCCGAAACGAGAUUUUACUCAAGUUUUUAAUUGCCCGAGAGUUUGACGUAGACAAAGCUCAGAAAAUGCUAAUCAAAAGUUUGAAUUGGAGAAACGAGUUCAGACCAUUGCUGGCUGCCUUUGAGGAGACUUAUGACGAUGAGUUGAACGAGUUGGGAGUGCUAACUUAUUUCACAGACUCCGACCAGAAGGACAACUUGAAGGUGACUACAUGGAACUUGUACGGGAAUGUGAAGAACCCCAAGAAGUUAUUUGAGAAGUUUGGAGGAGAGGAAAACUUGGGGACUGCCACCAGACCCGGAUCUCAAUUCCUAAGAUGGAGAGUCGGGUUAAUGGAAAGAGCUACUUGUCUAUUGGACUUUACUGAUGCUUCAAAUAAUAAAGGAGCCCAAGUACAUGAUUAUAAUAAUGUUUCAAUGUUUAAAAUCGAUAAGGGAAUGAAGAUAGCUACCAAGGAGAUCAUUCUGAUAUUUGGCGAUAAUUAUCCCGAAUUGUUAUCGAUUAAGUUCUUUCUUAAUGUCAAUAUAUUAAUGAGUUGGAUCUUCUCCUUCUUCAAGAACUUGGGUAUAAUCAGUGCAGAGACCCUUAGCAAGUUUCAAGUGAGUCAUAACUCAGAUAUUGGCUCCUAUUUCCGUCCAGAGAAGUUACCUCCACAAUAUAAUGGGAAUAGGAGUACACUGGUGGCUUCGUUAUUUGAUAUUGAUUAUCAAGGUUCUAAAUUAUCAACUUAUGGUCAAAUAAUCACCAGGAAACUUAAUGAAAAAACUAUUGAAGAUGUCAAUUUAACUGUGGAUUAA